AUGAUACAUAUCGAAGAGAAAUGGUUCUAUAUGAGCAGAAAAAAACAAAGAUACUACCUACUGACAGGAGAAGAAGAACCAUACAGAGCAACUCAAGACAACAAUUAUUUAGUCAAAGUCAUGUUUCUUUGUGGUAUUGCUAGACCUAUUAUUGGGUAUGAUGGUGAAGUUUUGUUUGAUGGAAAAUUAGGUAUUUUCUCAUUCACAGAGGAGGUUCCAACAAAAAGAUCCAGUAAAAAUAGGGAAAGGGGAAAAAUUGAAAUAAAAGCAAUAACACCUGUCACAAAGGAAGUUAUGAGAAGGAAAAUUAUUGAUGAGUUGCUUCCAGCAAUCAGAAGAAGAUGGCCUUGGUUUGCUAGCAAAGAUAUCUGGAUUCAACAAGACAAUGCUAGGCCACACAUCAAUCCAAAUGAUGCAGAGUUUUUAGAUGUUGCCACUCAAGAGGGGUUUAAUAUUCAACUUAUAUGCCAAACCCCACAAUCCCCAGAGUUUAAUGUCCUUGACCUAGGAUUUUUCAGGGCUAUUCAAUCCCUUCAACACCAAAAGUUCCCAAGGGAUGUUGAAGCAUGA